GAAGAGCAACAGAGCGGCCGGGCCCGCCGCAGGAUUCGAAUCGAACGUCCGUGUGAGAGCCGGCGGCCGUCCGGGCUGCGCGUGGGCCAAUCAGCGGCGUCGGCUCGCGGCCCCCGAACGUUGGGCCCGGCGGCCCCGCCCCGCGCUGUUGUUUGCGGCGUCGGCGCGGCCGCGCGAGCCGAACCACAACAUUCGCCGGGCGGCGGCGGCGGCGGAGCUGCGAGCGCGAGCCCCGGGCGGCCGCCCAGCGCCAUGUCGGUGAACACGGACGAGCUGCGGCACCAGGUCAUGAUCAACCAGUUCGUUCUGGCCGCGGGCUGCGCGGCCGACCAGGCGCAGCAGCUGCUGCAAGCGGCGCACUGGCAGUUCGAGACCGCCCUAAGCACGUUCUUUCAAGAAAGCAACAUUCCCAACAGCCACCACCACCCGCAGAUGAUGUGUACCCCCAGCAACACCCCUGCUACACCACCCAACUUCCCUGAUGCGCUGGCCAUGUUCUCC